AUGACAGGCUGCGCAGCAGCCCUGCCUCAAUCAAUCCCUCUCGGUGAAGUCGCUGAGAUACCCGCCGCGCCAAUCACUGAGACUCCGCUUGGUGAGGGUGCUGGUACCAAGGUCGUGCCCUACUCUCCAGAUGCUGUGGUUGCCGACACCUUUGCCUCAGUCCUCGCGGAUCCUGCCUCUGCCGACAAGUCACUGAAGCGAAGAGGUUGGGACUGCUCAGAACAGCCUCUUGGAAAAGGACCAGUCCCAAGCCCCGACUCUCCGGAAGCUUUCCUAGCUAUGGAGGAGAUCUCAAAGGCUGCUACUGAUGCCUCUACACCGGCUGGCUAUGUCAGCAAGUUCAAGAACUUGAAGGGCAGCAACAACGCCGUGGCAUAUCUUGGGUACAAGACCUUGGAUACCUACGACACCCAAGCCUGUGCCGACUCUUGCACUGAGAAGGAAGGAUGCUCCGCGUUCAACAUCUUCUACGAAAGGGACCCUUCUGUAGUUCCUGCCGAUUCAUGCUCCAACCCUGCUAGCACUACAGUCAUCAAGUGUGUACUGUGGGGAAGCCCUGUUACCGCCGAAACAGCUGUCAACAGCGGACAGUGGCGCGCAGACUUUCACGUAGUCAUUGCUGGAUCAAACGGCUAUGACAGCGAGCAUGUGGUAUCUGUAGACGGCUACAGCGGCGAGUCUCUUGGAAACGUUGCCAUCAACGCUCCCAACGACUGCAACGGUGACGAUACUUACAUGGGCUACAAACUCUUCAACGAUGGCCAGCCCUUCGAACCCGCCCGCUGCGCCGCAGCAUGCGAAGCCGAAACCAAGUGGAACGUCGAGCACCUCAACAGCCGCAUGCUGUGCAAGUUCUUCAACACCUACGUCCUGAUGAAGAACGGCGAGCCCCAAGGCCAAUACUGCUCUAUGUACACCCAGAAAUGGGCGAAGAGCGUGGCUGUCAACGAUGGCCAGUACCAUGGAGACGACCACUACACCAUUGCUUCCAGCUACUCCUACUCCAACACCGCCGACCCUGGAAAGCCUAAGCUUCCUUGCGAUGUCGCCGCCGCCAAGUCCGCUAUCAUUGCUUCGUCGCUACAGCCAUUCUGCUCUACGUUCCUUGGAUACACGACGCAGGUUUCGACUGUGAUCGCCACGGAGUUUACCACUGUUCCUGCUACUACUGUUGUCAACACGAUUACGCCCGUCACUACAACUACAACGACAGUCACUCAGGCUCCAAGGAAGCGCGAUGUUGCUGGUCCCGACACACCUGCUGGUCUCGCUGAGUUUGCUCCCAGUGCUGUCUCCGCAGCCUGCAGUCUGCAAGCUACCCCCAUCACAGCAACCGCUACGACUUCUACUACUACUGUCGCGACGGUCAGCACUGGCACUGCAUCAACAACCACCACUCUCCCUGUCCGUACUACCAUCGUCACAUCGGUGGUUGCAGCAGCGCCGACAUGCACUGCCGGCGCCAACCUCAUCAAAAACGGUGGCUUCGAACGUGGUCUGACGUCUUGGUCAACGGAUGUGUGGGGUAACCGGAAUGCGCCGCCAACUUGGGGAACAUCUAUUGGUGGCUCCAGCGGCGGUUCCAGCGACGGUCACUCUUUUGAGGUCCGAGUUAACAAAGUAGAACCCCGCUUAGGCACCGGCAUGAUCCUGAGCCAGCCAGUCACCGGUCUGAUUGUAGGUGUCACAUAUACCUUCUCCUACAAAUACCUCGUCACAGACUCGCCAUCUAGCUACAUAUUAUGCUGGUUGGACUCGGAGAAUACGAAGACGAAGACUAUGACGAAUGACGGGCGUGUCAACUCUUGGCUUACAGGACCCAACGGUAACGCACAGACGUUUGUGGCGACGAAAACAUCGGGGGUCUUCCUUUGUUUAUUCACUGCCGAAAAUCCCCAGGUUUUCCGCAUUGAUGAGGUAUUCCUAGGGUGCUAG